ACACAAAUGUCAUAGAGUCGCAUGCAUCACUACUAGUCUCGAUGUGAUAGCCAAUAUUAUCCCAUGAUACACUGCCAGCUUUCCCCACAAAGACCGUACCAAAUCCAGUAGCCUACGAUGCCAUUCACUGUUACGUCAAUGGAAGUCUACUGAGGAUCAAGAUAGGCUAACUUCUGGCAGAUUUUCCAUGGUCAUCAAAGCCACUUGUUUUCCUGGAUAGCCCAGACUACCCUAUUGUGGACGGCUGCCAUGUCAGUGGCUACAAGCAGCACGGCACAAACCAGUAUAGUUUGUUCACCCUGCCGGACCAAGAAAGGCUAUUCCAAGCGCUCCAGCUCAGGUGCCACUCAAUGCGCAGACUGACGCAGAAGAAGUUCCUCAUAGCAGAGAACUUCUCAUCCUGGCCUGACCUCCACCUUCCAGACGGUAUCAACUUGAGGGAUAUCGCCAUGACUCCAGCAUCAUCACAUCGAUGUCCCCGCCAAGUUGUGGCUAUUGAUUGUGAAAUGGUUGCCGUUGGGUCUGGCAGGUUUGAAGGGGGUAAAGAGAAGGAGAGAAACGAGCUUGCACAGUUAUGCGCCGUAGACGUCUUGACGGGUGUGGUUCUGAUCGACAAAUUGGUCCUGCCCAGAGAAAAGGUCCUCAACUGGAACACACGAUAUAGCGGGGUCUCAUAUCCCAAGAUUUGCGCUGCUAGAGAGAGUGGCAGGCUCUUAAGAGGCUGGCAGGCUGCCCGAGCGGAGCUCCUCAGCUUCAUCGACGUGAACACGAUCAUCGUCGGGCAUGCUGUGGAGAACGACCUACACAUCCUACGCAUUGCUCAUAGCAAGAUUGUGGACACGAGCAUACAGACAGCUGAGGCCGUAUACGGCGAUACGGAGAGACUGGGCAGGACUUGGGGAUUGAAGGAGCUGGCCAAGUCCUUGCCUGGUCUCUUUGUCCAGGUCGAGAAAAAAAAGGGCCACGAUUGCGUUGAGGACACUCUAGCAACACGCGAGAUUGCUCUAUGGUGUCUUAACCAUCAUCCUGAGCUUGCUGAAUGGGCUACACGCAUGAGAGUAGAGCUGGAGAACAAACGAGUCGAGCGCGAGAAGAAGAAGGAAGAGGACCGGAAAAAGACAGAGGCGCAGAAUGAAGUACCGGCGGGCCAGGGCUGGCCGCAGAUACCUUUGCCGCCUCUAGGUUUUGAGCUAUCGCAGGGCACGUCCGAUAAUCUCAACCAGCUUGACGCAAGCUACUGACGGACGCCUACACUGGCAGUCACAUAGACUUGAUAUUACUAAUAAAUUGAUAGUUUCUAGAUUGAGCACUAUAAUAUAGAAAUGAGAAGCGACGACCGUCACACCAAGUGGAACUCCAUUUGUUCGUGGGAUAUCCUGCCCUUCGACAUUACAAUUCUCUGUCUAGAUGGAAAUUUGAGAGUUGCUCC